UUGCGAUGGCUACGUAACGUAGAAGUUGUUCCGUGAUUUUUUCUGGUUCCUUGUUGAUUUCCUUAUUUUUGUUUACAUUUUAGUUUGUUUAAAAAUGUUGUAGGCUUUUGUUUAUAUCCCUAAAGUUGUCGAGCGUCGGUGAAACGGGGUGAAAGAUGAAAAACGCGAAAGUUAAAGCAAGACAAUGCAUGGAACGUUUUGGGGAUCAAGGAGGAUAUUUUGAUGUUGUUGUACGUCCAAUGUUGCAACAAGGACACGAGGGGGAAUUAUGUGGAUGGUUAAAAGAAAUGAGUUUAAUUAGGACUGUUUCUACUUGCCCCCACCCAGAAUGUAAAGGAAGAAGUUUAGCUUGGAAUCAAGCAAGAAUUGUAGACAAAUAUAGUUGGUCUUGCCCUAGCUGUAUGAGGAAACAAUCUAUUAGAGAAAAUUCUUUUUUCUUCGGAGUUAAAUGCGACCUGAAAAUGUGCCUUCAACUGAUAUUAGGAUGGUGUCAAAUGAUACCCAGCGAACUCACUGCCAGUUACCUAGAAAUAAAGAAACAUGUAGUUAAGAAAGUAUACGAAAGAUGCGAUGAAGUUUCUGAAAAUUAUGUAGCAAGUCAUCCAGAAGAUUGGGUUUUGGGAGGUCAAAGUGCAAUAUUAAUUGUGGAUGAAUUUCCUAAUGGCUACAUGACUGAGAAUCCAUCCGAUAUAACUACUGCUAAAAAGCGUAAUAAUAAUUCUCAUACAAUAGUUUGUAUAGCAGAAGCGAAUACUAUACCGACUCGUAUGUGGUUACAUAUGAUCGAAGCACUUCCGGAGCUGGUAAAAGUUGAUAAAGUGCAAGGAGAUGAUGGCAAAUGUGACAUGGUUAAAGAAGCUUUAAAAGAAAUCACAAAACACAGUGCACCUGGCAGUUAUAUCGUGGCUAAUAGCAGAGCUCGUUGUUGUAGCUACGAGUCAUUACAAGAAUUAAAGCAAUAUAAAGUAAUUAGUGUAGAACAAUUACAAAAGUUUGAUCCACCUGGAAAAAAUAAACUUCUUAACAAUCUAGAAACAAUUUGGCAAACCGGUGUUGAAAUUUGCGAAGAAAUUCAAGAGACAACCCAUAGCUUGGGACAACGUAUAAUAUCAAAGCAUUUAUGGAGACAGAGGUUUGGUACAUCUCCUUCCAUGGCAUUUCAGUACAUGCUUAAUCACAUUGCAGAAUGUUAUCGCUUUGUUUAAACAGUUUUAUUGUCAUAUUUUCACUAACUAUGAUGUAUUUUUCUACCUUAACAAGCAAUAUGAAAUGCUAGUGAAUAACUUUUUUCAAAAACUUUAUAAGGCAUUAUCUUUAAAUGAAUUGAUAUUUUAUAGGAUAGGAUGUUAUUUACCAGCCAUAUCGAUAAUCUUUAACAUCCUAAUUGCACAAGUUGCACAAAUGGCCUUAUUAAAGUUUAAAAAAGAAUGAAUUACUUAUAAGCAAAGUAUAAAUACUAUAGGAAAUAUUUUCAUAUAAACGAUAUCACGUUUUAUUGAAACACGCAUUUUGUGUCUUCCAAAUAUCAGAAUGUAAAUCAUUUCUGAAGUUAAAUGUUUAUAAUGAUCGUUAAUUAGUUAGAGUUCUAACAUUUAUACAAGAUAAACUUCAAUCUGUUAAAGUACUUUGAAAGAUAUUGUUCCCUUUAGAUUUCUCAUUUUUAUAUAAAUUUUAAUUGAAAAACUAGUUAAUGAAAGACUGAUGGUGAUCUUGAUGUAAUACCAAGUUACUGAUGCAACGAAACAGAUUAUAACGUUUGUCAUGACGUUAAUACUCAGAAUGUUUUGAUGAUACUGAUUAUGAGUUUUUUAUCUACUUGAAAUGUUACCCAUUCAAAAAAUUGUAGGAACGGAACUAGUUUAAACAGAAGUACAUAAUACCAGGUGCAAUUAGUACCAAUAUUUAAAGUAGAAUUAAAUUUUCAAUUUACGUUGUACUAUUAACACUUGUAACAGCUGUAACAUUCAAUGCUGAACUUGAAUUUUACCCAAAGGUUUAUAACAGUAUUACUCUAAAUAAUAUACUGUGAAUCGAUUAUGUUUUAAUAUAAGUACACGUUUAUUAACUUGUUCAAGUCGUCAGUCGGUUUUCCUAACUUCAGCUGAAAUUCACUGGAUCCAGUGACGUUGAAUAUUGCAGUUGUCAGCUUGUGAUAAAACCGACUUUGUGAUAUAAAAACGUUAAUUUUGUUCGUUUCUCGAAUCAUAUCAACGGACAGAAUGAACUAUGAAGGUUGUAAAAUUUUUUGAGAAGUUUUUGCGAACAAUGUGAUAAUUACGUUACUUCAUACCAUUUUUAGUAAAAAUGGUAUAUUAGAAGUUGAGGAGAUAAGAAAAUAAUCUCUAUGUUAUAAGUAUAUUGAAAUUAUAUUCGUGUGCGGUACGUAUUUUUUAUUCCCAAGGUAGUUGAUAAUACCGUUUUUAUGACAUUACGUAACGCUAUUGAGAAACACAAAUUUUUCAUUAAAUAUAUAA